CUCGCGAGAGGGUCUCCUUAGUCGUCGUUGUAAAUACAUCUGCAGCAUGGAGACUGCUACAGGCAUCAAUGGACCGCUGUGGGCUCCGACAGGCUACUCCAUCUCUAGCAUGCAGGACACAAAUUUCUGGUCCAGGGGAGGGGGCGAGAUGGCCUACGGGGACAGGUUACCCCCACGCCGAGACUUUUUCAUGAGCGGCCCGGCGACUUCCACCACCUGCACCUACAGCCAGAACGUUCGUAUCGUGGAGGGGCCCCGUGCUCCUCACCACACCCCCGACAAAUACUCGCAGGUGGAUUUUCCACGUGAUGAACCCUUCCAGCCCGUGGUGCUUCCACCGGCAAGUGGACCUCUUCAUCCACCUUUCACCUAUUCCCCACAGCUAUGUCAACUUGACCACUUCCUGGAGUCCUGGCAGCGAAGCAGGGAGGCGACAAAACCGGCUGAAACCAUCGCCCAACAAAAUGGCGGAGGGUCCUUGACGAAACCAGUUCGACCCAAGAGGCGUCCUUACUCCAAGUAUCAGCUCAACGAGCUUGAAAACGAGUACGUCCAAAACCAGUACAUCAGUAGGGACAAGAGGCUACAGCUCUCACAAAAGCUCAACCUCACAGAAAGACAGGUCAAGAUCUGGUUCCAAAACCGCCGUAUCAAGCAGAAGAAACUGGACCGACGGAACAGCGAAAUGUGUACCUGAUUCAACUUACCCCACCUCUUGUACAAAAUUGUCACCCAUAGUACAAUCUAUUAAUUAUAAGUCACGUAUACCUACAUUAUAUUAUCGUUAUGUAUAUGCAAAAACGCAACUUAAUAUGAGAGAUAUUUUGACAAAGAUGUUUUUGAAAAAUAUGAUCAACAUGUUCCAGUACAGUGUAAAUGUUAAUGCAUACUUAUAUCUUGCCAUCUUAUUGAAAGUUUACAAAUGUUAAUGUGAAUGAACGCACUUUCAAUAUGCUGUUACAUUUGCAACAUUUUGUCCGCUACUACAUAUAUAACCAUAUUUGAAAAGAAAAGCACUUAUACUAUAGCUGUAGUAUACGCACAUGUGUUUCUAGUAUAUUGCAAGUUACAAGUUUUUCGCACCCUAUAGAAGUUAAAAAUCACUUAUUAUGUUAUAUUGUUAUAUUUUACCUCCUUACCACUUUUUGAAUCACAAAUGCAACUUUUGUUUCUAACACAUAUCAUUCAACCUAUCAUUUGACAAUAUAAAGUAAAGCUCUGUUUAGUUACUUCCGCUGAACUGUUCCAUACCGGAAGACUCUGUAACGUGUCAAAUGUAUACCUUGUGCCAAAAUUUGGCCUAUCAUACUUUGGAUAGCCCGGAAAAACGGUGUAUGUACGUGGGUAUAGAGUUUAGGAUAAUACAGUACAGUGUAAGGAUAUAUGAGAUGUUGUAGGGAAGGGUAUCUAUAUGGUGCAAUGUGUUUACUGUACACCACAAUCACUCUAAGAUGGGAAAAUUGUCUUCGUACGCUUUUAUCGUUUGGUCAGUGA